AUGGAGGGCGAAGUCCAGGAUCUACUGGAGGAGCUGGACCUCCACAAAUUCAUCCACGCCGAUCUACAAGACAACCGACCCAAUGAUAGCUUUGCCAUCGCAGAAGCAAUGGAUAAGAUCCAUGAGCUCGAAACCCAGGUCGCUCGACUACUGGGCGAGGAGGCUCCUGCUGUAACUCCACAGACUGUCUCGACUCCCCCAGUGUCUAGAGUUGAUACUCCCACUACAUCUGCCGCCGCUGUCGCUGCAAAUAGCCGUCACCACUCGUCCUCCGUUGCCCACGGGCAUACUCGUCCUUCCUCCAACCUGGAUGCGUCUCCAGUGAGACCAAGUACACAAGAAAAUGCUGAUUCUAGGUCUACCCCACAAUGGCCAUCGUCCGCUCCUUCUCCAUUUGGCGCUGCAUCCAGUCGAACUGGGUUUCCUGCACCUACUCCCUUCGACAUAAGUCGGAAGCGACCGCGACAGGACUCAUUUAGCUCGUUAGCUCCUGUGCAGACAUCGAAGCGGGCUGUUCUGGAUAAGACUCGAUCUCGAAUGGCCCAAAUCGACGAAAACAUGGAGACACAGCUAGCUCAGAACCGCCAAAUAUAUGCAAGUCUUUUAGGAGAGGAGAACGUUCGGGACGUGGCUAGGUUAGACAACAUCUCAGAAGAGCAGGCUCGGGAAAAGAUCAAAGGGGACCAAAAGGACAGUGAGCAAGAGAUCCGACAGCAAUUCCAGCUGGAACGGGAUGGAGAAUUCGCUCGCAUGUUGCAGGCACAACAGGAUGAGUCGAGUGAUGACGAACGCGGCUUUGACCGACAACAACUGAAUUCAACGGGCCGUGCAAAUCCAUCAACAUACAGUGCAAGUCGACUUAUGCCGUCAUCGACUCUCAAUCUCCCCGAUCGAACCCAUCUUCUUAGUGGCCUUCCGAAUGGCUUUUCAAGUCUGGGAGACCUGAGUCGCAGUGGAUUUGACUUCUCUUCUAACCCGCCGAUACCGAGGCAAGAGGACCACAGGGCGCAUUUCACACCGCAAGGCUUUUUCGAUGGAUCAUUCCCAACGCCGUGGAGGAUGCCACCCAUCUCAUCAAUGGACAAUUCCAAUGAAGAUGAUGAACUCCAAGAGAUUACCCCGGAUAUUUUCAACUCCCGAUUUGGCAGGCCGACUGAAUUUGUUCCUACGAGAACUCUUCCUGAUGGACAUACGCAUAUGCCUGGCAGGGUGCUUCCGUGGAUGCGGGAGCCAGAUCCUCGCGCGCGUGACAUAUACUUGCGCGACCCAUACAUGCGUGAUUCGAAAGCCGUAGAAAAGGCUAUGGAACUGGUCCGCGACCAGAUGGAGCUUGAUAUGGUUGAAGACGACUUUGCGUAUUCCUCCCCAUCCAAACGCAAACGCACCCAUGGUCGAAUACUAACGCAUUAUGAGGAAGCGGAUUUCCCUCAAGACAUCAAGAACUUGAUCACUGGUAUCAAAGACAUUCGUGAGGCCACAAAAGCAGAUAAAGACGACACUCCAAGUGGCCUGAAAGUCACAUUAAUGAAGCAUCAAAAAAUUGGGUUGGCAUGGAUGAAGGCAAAAGAAGAAAGCAGUCACAAAGGUGGUAUUCUCGCCGAUGAUAUGGGUCUCGGCAAAACGAUUCAGGCCAUCGCUCUCAUGGUUGCUAGUCCACCCACGGACCCUGAGCAACAUCCUGUUCUUAUCGUAUGCCCCAAAGCUCUCAUGGAUCAGUGGCGAUUAGAGAUUAAACGCCACGUACAGCCCGGUAAUGACCAGCUGUCUGUGUUUAUUUUCCACGGCGAUACGCGAAACUCCCCCUGGAGAGUACUGAAAACCAAAGAUGUCAUCAUCACAACCUUUGGUACGCUGACUGCCAACUUCAAGCUAAAGCUCAAAGCAGAGAAACUUGAAAAGGAGGGAAAAGAUGCUAGCCUUGUGAGGAAAAUUCAAGAACAGGCCGUUCUCUUUCUUCCAGUCAGCAAAUUCCACCGAGUCAUCGUAGACGAGGCCCAAAACAUCAAGAAUCCCUUGGCAAAGUCUACCAAGGCUUGUUCCAGUGUCAAUGCUACCUUUCGCUGGUGCUUGACUGGAACACCCAUGAUGAAUCGACUUGAGGAUUUCCAGUCGUUGUUGGGAUACCUCCGGAUCAGGCCAUACAACAACAAGGAGAAGUUCAAGAGCACCUUCGUUCGACCGAUCAAAUCAGGAGGAGGCGCGGGUGAGCAGGCAAUGGCCCAGCUACGCGUCCUUGUCAAGUCCAUCUGUUUCCGCCGCACAAAGGAAUCCAAAAUCGACGGCGAGCCGAUUCUUCAACUUCCGCCUAAGGUCAUCGAGCAGGUGCACGUUGUUUUCAGUGAGCAUGAGCAACAAAUGUACACGAGAUUGAAUGCGAACACACAAGACCAAGUCACCAGAUAUCUCAACGCUGGAACCCUAGGCCGAAACUACAGUCAUGUCCUGGUUCUUCUUCUACGGCUACGACAGGCAUGCUGCCACCCUCAUCUCAUGCAUGGAUACAACGCCGAGCCUGCUACAACAGUCGAAGGCGUGAACCUGGUAGCCAACGCGAAAUUGUUGGACAAGUCUGUUGUCAGUCGUAUCAAGAACAACGAAAAUGAAGACGACGGCACCUGUCCCAUCUGCAUGGACACAGCCGAGAACGCGGUCAUCUACAUCCCCUGUGGCCACUCUGUUUGUACUGAAUGUUUUGCUCGCAUAUCAGACCCCACCAUCUUAGCCCGUGACGACGAGUCUGGUAUGAUCAAGUGCCAGAAUUGCCGUGGCCCAGUUGAUCCUACCAAGAUCACCGAUGCGAACUCUUUCAAAAUAGCCCAUGACCCGGAGGCAGCGCCUCAAGAUGCCGCCGCGGAAGAGACGGAGCAGUCCUCAGACUCCGACUCGGACGAUUACGACUCCGAUACCUCAACUGAUGGGAAGGCACAGAGACGCAAGAAGGUGUCACUGGCUGAGCUACGAAAAGCGGCCCAGAAGAACAAGCGUGAGAAAAGGAAGUACAUCCGCCGUCUGGAGAAGACCUGGAUCCCUAGCGCCAAAAUCGACAAGGCGACAGAUAUUCUCCAAGCCAACGAAGACAGAGGCCAAUCUGAGAAGACUAUCAUCUUCAGCCAAUUCACCUCGCUCCUAGAUCUACUCGAAGUCCCCAUCAACCGACGCGGCUGGAAAUACGUCCGCUUCGACGGAAGUAUGAACAUUGCAGACCGCAAUGCCUCCGUGGCUGCGUUCACUGACGACCCGGACGUCAGAAUUAUGCUCGUCUCUCUCAAGGCCGGAAAUGCAGGUCUGAACCUCGUCGCCGCGUCACAUGUCAUUCUCUUCGACCCGUUCUGGAAUCCUUAUGUCGAGGACCAGGCUAUUGAUCGUGCUCAUCGCAUUGGUCAGAAGAGAGAGGUUUUCGUGCAUAGGCUGUUAAUUGAAGGCACUGUUGAGGAUCGGAUCAUCGAGCUGCAGAAUAAGAAGCGCGAGCUGAUCAGUGGUGCUCUUGAUGAGGGUGGCACGUUCAAUGUGUCUCGUCUGGAUACUCGGGAGUUGGCUUAUCUCUUCGGUGUGCGCCAUGACUGA